UUAUUAAGUUGAUGACAAAAGUGGAAGUCUGUGACUUAGUAGGACCCCCACUUCUGUCUGCCGACGUCAAUAUCCCGAAUGAGUCUGAAGGAGUUCGAGGAGCGACGAAGACUCUUCGAACACUCCUUCAAGGACUCCCGUCAGGACUCCCUACAUCAUGCAGCACAACCACAGAUGCUGAUCCCAGGAGCGUCGAAAACACAAGGGACCAAAUCCGAGUUGCAGGCUUUGCAGACGAGAAUUGGAAAAAUUCCGGCGAGACAAUCAGUUCCGACAAGAUCUGGCGGCAUCAGCAAUUACUACUUGCAGAGACAGAAAGCGACUAUGAGCGGCAGCAAGCCAAAAAGUUCGUCACUUUCUCAGACCAGCUCAGUUGCUGAUUGUCUGAACUGGGGAUUCUAAAGACAUUUUGAUGCAGAUAUUUUUUGUUCAAAGGAAGCUUUGGUUUUACGAAACAAAAGAUAUAAUAAAUA